AUGGAUUAUUUGGAUUUUAUUUAUAUAGAGGAAAUUGAGGAAGAAUCUGAAACAAUAGUUGAGAUCGACUUGACUGAUAAACAGAAACAUCAGUUGAAACAUCGGGAGCUGUUUUUGUCACGGCAGUAUGAAUCUCUACCUGCAACACAUAUCAGGGGAAAAUGCAGCGUUGCCCUUUUGAAUGAGACAGAAUCGGUGUUGUCAUAUCUUGACAAAGAGGACACGUUUUUCUACUCCUUGGUCUAUGACCCCUCAGUGAAAACAUUAUUAGCUGACAAAGGUGAAAUCCGAGUGGGCCCUCGAUACCAAGCGGACAUUCCAGACGUGCUCCUGGACGGAGAAUCAGAUGAGAGGGAACAGUCGAAAUUGGAGGUUAAAGUUUGGGAUCCAAAUAGCCCACUUACGGACCGACAGAUUGACCAGUUUUUAGUUGUAGCACGUGCUGUGGGGACCUUUGCACGAGCCCUCGACUGCAGCAGCUCUGUGAGGCAGCCGAGCCUGCACAUGAGCGCUGCCGCUGCUUCCCGAGACAUCACCUUGUUUCAUGCUAUGGAUACAUUGUACAGACACGGCUAUGAGUUGAGCAGUGCAAUUAGUGUCUUGGUGCCCCUUGGAGGACCUGUUUUAUGCAGAGAUGAAAUGGAGGAGUGGUCAGCCUCUGAAGCUAGCUUAUUUGAAGAAGCAUUGGAAAAAUAUGGCAAAGACUUCAAUGAUAUACGUCAAGACUUUCUCCCUUGGAAAUCAUUGACUAGCAUCAUUGAAUAUUAUUACAUGUGGAAAACUACUGACAGAUAUGUGCAGACAUCUCUUCUGUGGCCCAUGAACCAGCAAGUGAUCUACAACUUCAAGAAGCUGUACACGAAGGUGCUCUUCACCAGAUGUUGUAAUGUCAAUGAAGUGAUGUCCUUGACUUUGAAGGAGUUCUACAAGAAACAUUUCAACAUCCUCCACCACAUCAACCUCACUGAUAAAGCCUGGGAAGAUGUCGAGAGAGUGUCACUGGAUGUUACUUUGAGGGUCUGA